AUGAGCUACGUUCGGCCGACGCGUGCACCAAUUCACCGCACUUACGGUGAAAAACAAGACCUGCUCCGGGCAUGGAAUGCUGUUGAAGGUGGUGGCACGACACUCGUUGCAUUCUGUCGGUCGCAGCAGAUUCCAUUGUCCACUUUUGAGAAGUGGUUGACCAUUCAAGACAGAAUCAACCAAGUCUCGGCAGACCGCGUCAACAAGCACAUCGCCCCUCAAGCGUCAGUGUUGCACCAACGAUCCAAGACGCCAGUCGACCCACGACGGCUGCAACUGCAUGCGUGGAUGGCCGCAGCACGUUCCCCAAUCAAUCUGGAACGUAUGCGUGACAAGGUGAGUGAGAUUUGGCCCGAAUGGGAUGACAUUAGUCAUCCCGAAUUCAAGCACUCCAAUUACUUUGCCAAGUGGUGCCGCCGUGUCGCUGCCCGUUUCGAGGCCCGCCGUCAAGCCAAGAAUGCCGCCUCCAAUGGCACUGUAAGUGACAGUGAAUCCAAUGGCGUCGACGCCUUCGACGGCACGGAAACGGGUGAACAAGGCGGCGGUCCCUCAGCCGAAGACACUGAAACUGAUGAAGAAUCGAAACCUGCCACCCGAACACUUUCGUCCGCUGCUGCUGUUGGCUCCCCAAAGUCAUAUCCCUCGGCGGCCGCCAUUGAGGACUCGUAUGACAGUGACUUCGAGGGUUACUUCAAAAUGACAUCACUCCCAAUGAAGCUCCCGAAAGCACUUUCUAGUAAACGUGGAGCAAAGGCUUCCCCAACAAAAUACCAGCCCCGUGACAACGCCACUCGACAAGCACCAGUUGCACCAGCCUCCGCCAACCCCAAGGGACCCGCCGCUCGAAGAGGCACCACCAAAACAGCAGCUGUAGUAGCCCCCGCCAACCCCAAUGGACCCGCCGCUCGAAGAGGCACCACCAAAACACCAGCUACAGUAGCUCCCGCCAACCCCAAAGGACCCGCCGCUCGAAGAGGAACCACCCAAACACCAGCUGCACCAGCCCCCGCCAACCCCAAGGGACCCGCCGCUCGAAGCGACACCACUCAACUACCAGACACACCUGCCCCCGCCACUCAACCAGGCAACACUGACGAACCAGCUCCGCGUGCCCCCCGCAACCCUCACAACAUCGUCCAUCCACGACUUGCCAAUCCAGCCGUUUCGCCUCCCUCACCAACCACCAACGAAGGUGCAUUUGACAGCGAUUUUAAGGACAUUUUUGGAGUGGCUACAGCCUCGGCGACGCAUUCAAUACCAUUACCCCUCAAACGCGGGGCAACAACUCCCCCUGCGAAGUCCAAGCCCGACAAAGCCCCACGGAAAGUGCAUGACGCAGCAAACGUUAUCGUCCUCACUGAGAGCGAUGAUUCCGGGGACGACAUCAAAUUUGAGUCUGUGGAGGCGGAUCCCGAAACCCUUGGCCGAUUGUAUUCCCAUAUUGAGACAUGUCAGCCUGGAUUUAGCCUCCCACCACGUCUUGCGCGGUCCUCCAGAGGAAAACGAUUUUCAAGUGGAGUCCACAACACUCACUGCGGUCGCUGCUCCCGCGAGUUUCCUUGCAACUCCUUCAGGUUGUGUGACAACUUGAUGACGCAAACUGAGUGUGCUCCAAACCGCUGCAGUUCAAUGGAAUUUUGCCAAAAUCAAACCAUCCGGAAGAAGCGGUUUCCAAAGACAACCGUGGUCGAAGAUGUCCUGCUCAAACACGGUCUCCGGAUUGACGUGGAUGUACGAAGUGAGACCAAGAUCAUUGAGUACGUCGGCGAGUACAUGAGCAAGAUGGACUUUUUGCGCCGAAAACGCCUUAAGCAAGGUACCACCGAUUGGUAUUUGGCCCGCGUCGGUUCGAACGAAGAUUUGUACAUUGACGCGGGACGUGUGGGCAAUCAUUCGCGGUUCAUCAACCACUCAUGCAUUCCAAACUGUCGGUUUCAAACAUGGUAUGUCGACACCAAGCCUCGGUUAAUGGUCGUCGCCAACCAUGCACUUGAACGAGGUACUAUACUAUCGCUUGACUAUAUGGAUGCAGGAUGGAACAUCACGUGCCUUUGUGGUGCUUGCGAUGGGAACUACAGCACUGCUAUUGACUUGUCGAGUGGUAGCGAUAAAUAA